AUGUUUGCUACAACGUCUCAAAGUAACGAUGAUGGCUUGCGGGCAUCUUACAAUAUUUCGUUGCUUAUAGCGAAAUCUGGAAAACCUCACACCAUCGGAGAAGAGUUAAUUUUACCCGCUAUUGAAGAGGUUUUAAAAACUGUUCUGCACAAACCUCCAUUUGACGUACUCAAAAGAAUUCCUUUAAGUAACAACACUGUACAAAGACGUAUUGAUGAAAUGAGCUCUGAUAUAGAAAGCGUCUUGUGGGAUUAUCUGCAAACCACUCAUUUUUCUAUUCAGUUAGACGAGUCUACUUUGCCUGGUAAUGAAGCAUUAUUAUUGGCAUAUGUUCGAUUUGUUAUGGACAAAGAAAUCCAUGAAGAGCUGCUAUUCGCAAAAACUUGGAAGUCGGACACUAAAGGCGAAUCGAUAUUUAAUGUCCUGAGUGAUUUUUUUACAGAAAAAUCUAUUCCAUUUACAAACAUUAUUUCGGUGGCAGCAGAUGGAGCUCCUGCCAUGUUCAGGCGAUAUCGUGGGUUUAUAAGCAAUCUUAAAAGAAUAAUACCAGGACUAAUUGCAAUUCACUGUGUCAUACACCGACAACACCUUGUAGCGAAAAAUUUGAGUGAUAGAUUGCACCAAUCGCUUCAAUUUGUGAUUAAUGCAGUUAAUAAAAUAAGAAGCAAUGCUUUGAAUACCCGUUUAUUUGCACUAUUGUGCGAUGAAAAUGAUGAAGAUUUCCAACGACUGCUCUUACAUACUGAAGUACGCUGGUUGUCGAAAGGUGCAUGCUUAUCGAGAUUUUACAAACUUUUCGAAUCAGUGAUAGUGUCUGGAAACUAA